CCGACUCUGACAGCGCUACGCAGUGUGUGCGCUGCUGCUGACCACAGUAUAAUAUUGACUUGUGCUCUGCUGCUACUUACAAUACUCGGAGGCAGGCUUGACAGGAGGCUCUCACAUGCAAAAUCGCCCCAUUCGUGAUGCGGUCGGUCGUGUCGCAUAUAUACCUUUUACAAACACAUACAACAUAACCAUAAACCAAAACACAAUUUCCGCAGUUUGUGCUCAAUUGUUUCGCGUUUGUUCCGCUGAAUGGUGUUGUUCUCGCUUUGUGUGUUUUUUAAUUCGCAUGGCAUUUUUUUCCUUCUCUCUGUUUUUUGAUUAAUUAUUAUUAUAUUCAUCCCCAAGGAAUUAACAAUUUUUUUUGUUGUUGUUUGAAAUUUAUUAUAAUGUAUGUCAACAGUAUUAGGCUAAAUUAAUCAUCAAGAAUACCAUAAAAAAAAAAAAUUAAAAACAAUGACACACUUGUUCCUUUAUUUUGGACAAGAAACGAGGAAUUAGUUGUUAAUGACAUACCACAAUCAACUCAGUUUAAAAAAACAAAACGAUAUACCAAGUCGGCGUCAUCGGCAGUAUUGUCGACGGACAACUGGGUGACAAAUUGAGUGCUGCAUUUCAAAAUAUACGGAUCAUUUUUCAAACAGAACGGAAUUAAUAAAAACAAACGUAUCCAUUUUUUUGUGUGUGUGUCUUUUUUUCUACUGUCAGUUUUGUUACAUCAGAAAACAAAAAAAAAAAAGAGAAGUGCAUUUAAAUGUCAAAAGUGGGUCAUAAUUAUCUCAUAUUCUACUUAUGAUUUUUUUUGACGUUACAGAAUAAUGAAUUUGAUGUGCGUUCUAAUUUUUUUUUUCGGAAGUAUCGCUAAUAAUUCGGAAGUUCUAUUGAUUGACGGAUGUUUUUUUGACGUUUCACCGUCGGGAAAAUACUUGUAAGCAGUUAUAAAUAUGAUUUUGACAUGAGUUCUGUGUGUAGUUUUAGAACUGUUUGUUUAUAAUUUUUUACAAAAGUGAUACCAUUUUUUAUUCGGUAUUGUAAACAAAAAUCUACUACUUUUAUUUUAAAUUAAAUUGGUUUGUGUAGCGGUAUUGAUUUUAGGGGAUUGGAGGGUGUGUAUAGUGUAUAGGUGUUUGGUGACACCACCAGGAGAAUAUGUUGUAUAAUGUACCCUGUUUUAACAACUUUACAACACUGGAUUACUACAAGGUUAAACGUCCCAAGACAGAACAUUCGGAUUCUAAUGACAGAAGCAGACAAUGCAGUGGCCCAACAUCGUCACUCAACACUGGCCAAUGUAGUCCUUUAACGCUGUCACAUAGUUUACAAUCAUCAACAUUGAAUAACAACAACAACAACAAUAACAACAGUUGCAGCGGUUCCUCAUCCAACAGCCUAAUACAUCAUCCAACAUCCACAUUGGCUCUGUCUGCAACCGCUGUAUCACUGCCCACCUUUGCACAAUCAACUCCAAUUUCCUCCACAAUUUUACCCCCCUCAUCCCAUCCACAUUCACACUCCCAUUCCCAUUCACAUCAUCAACAACAGCAACAGCAGCAACAACAACAACAACAACAACAGCAACAACAGCUGUUAACUUCAUCAGUUGUAUCGCACAAUCUUGGACAACACGCGACAUCUCACCACAUAUCCACCUCUCAUGUAUCGAAUAGCUCAGGUUCACCGUUAGGCACGAACGGCGCAGGCGGUGGUGGCAGCAGUGGAAGUGGUGGUGGUCUGCACCUGUCAUCAAAUUCGGGUGAUGCUACAUCAUCAAGUCUAUCAUUACAUACGACAAGUUUGAAUCUCUCAUCGGCGUCACCCUCAGCGACGGGACAAGGCGGUGGUGGUGGUCGACUUGCAGCACACUCUGACCUGGGCAUGUCCCAUUGGCUAGCAGCAGCUGCCGCCGAAUCCAACAUAAGUGCCACCGUGAAAUCGGAGAAUCGAAGUCCCGGUCUGGACGCUGUUGGUCCAGGUGGCCUCUUGCCACCAACGGGAAGUAGUCAUCUCUCAGAGAGUACAGCUUCGUUGUUUUGUUCGAAUCCAAGUUCGGCUGAUUUUCGCCUUGACGGAAGUUCAAGUUCUACAGGCGUGCAGUCGGCGAAUUCGUCAACUUCAGCGAGUACCUACGAGACGAAGCAGGAGUACUACAAUUACUACAACAGCAUGCAGCAAUAUACCCCACCGUUUUAUCCAACAUAUGGUUCGCCGUACACAACUCGAGCGGCCACUAAAAUCGCUUCUCCAAAUGCCUACCUCACCUCUAGCUAUGCAGCUGCGGCAGCAAACAACAAUACCGCUUCCCAACUGUACCCUACCUAUGGCUACAAUAAUUUCCCCCAAUUCGGGACAGCAGCCCAGCAGGACUAUAGCGGGUAUUACAACGAUCAAUACAGCAAUUACUACAAUCACGCGGCUGCGGCGAAUUACUCUCCCUAUGCGGUGAGUUCGCCCGGAUCUAGUGCCAGUCAUGGAUUCCAUGUGGCAACUUCAAACCUCUCCGAAAGUCCCUCGGAUGGUCACUCGUCAACACCAAUUCUGACACACGCCCAUUCGCCGCAUUCUCCCCUACCCAUAUCGCCAAAUGCCCCCAUGCCCAAGACAACCCCGCCAACCGGAAAAAGUGGCACUGGUCGAGCGCGUGGGCGACGGCACGCGCAACCAUCUCCCACAAGAAGCACCACAUCCGAAACACCAAAUGCUGACACUGUGAAACCACCGGAACGAGUGUUCAUUUGGGAUCUUGACGAGACGAUAAUCAUCUUCCACACAUUGCUGUCGGGCUCCUAUGCUAAUCGGUAUUCCAAAGAUCAUAGUACUUUAAUGACUAUUGCUUUUAGAAUGGAAGAAAUGGUAUUUAACAUGGCCGAUUCACAUUUUUUCUUUAACGAAAUUGAAGAAUGUGAUCAAGUGCAUAUCGAUGAUGUGUCAUCGGAUGAUAAUGGACAGGAUUUGAGUAAUUAUAAUUUUGCAACAGAUGGAUUUCAUACGGGUGCUCCGGCGGGAGCACCACCAAAUCUGUGCCUGCCGACGGGAGUGCGUGGUGGUGUUGAUUGGAUGCGAAAGCUGGCCUUUCGCUAUAGGAAGAUCAAGGAGAUUUAUAAUACGUAUCGGGGAAAUGUGGGCGGUCUCCUUGGACAACCAAAACGUGAUACAUGGCUACAAAUUCGUUCUGAUAUCGAAAUUGCAACUGACAAUUGGGCAUCAUUGGCAACCAAAUGCCUAAAUAUGAUUUCGCAACGUGAAAAUUGUGUAAAUGUCCUGGUGACAUCAACACAACUAGCACCUGCCCUCGCCAAGGUCCUGCUCUUUGGAUUGGGACAAAUAUUUUCCAUUGAGAAUAUUUAUAGCGCACAUAAAAUUGGUCAAGAAACCUGUUAUGAAAGGAUAGUGACCCGAUUUGGUCGAAAAAGUACCUAUGUUGUGAUUGGCGAUGGCGCCGAAGAAGAGGCUGCAGCAAAAGCAAUGAAUUUUCCAUUUUGGCGAAUAUCAAGCCAUAGUGACAUUAGAGCGCUGUACACUGCCCUCGAUAUGGGAUUCUUAUGAAAAAUUAAUUUAUUUAUAUUUAAACAAAAAAACAAAACAAAAUUUUAUUUUUUUAUUUAAAAUUAUAAACAAAAAACUAAAGUUAUCGUACAUUAUACUCACCAAUGCAUUUAAAAAAAGCAGAAACAAAUAAAAUGGCAAAUUUUAUUUCUUUUGAAAACGCACGAAUGACAUAAUUUGAGAAGACUAUAUAACUUUAUACAUAAAAAAAAAAUACAAAAACAAAAAAAAAAACAA